UUUAGCCGUUGGCUCCGAACCUCACCCUCCGAACCUCACCCUCCGAAUCUCACCCUCCGAACCUCACCCUACCGAACCUCACCUAGGUUCUAGAACUUCAUCAUAUAGAUUUAAGAAGGUCCAGAUCCACAACCAUUACAGAGCCAACAAGGAAGGAAAAGCACAAAGAUAUGGGACCUCCACACAUGGUAUUUUUAAGAAGCUGGGAAUUCCUGGGCCAAAACCUCUCCCUUUUGUGGGAACUGCUCUGGCCUACCGAAAUGGUUUUUGCGAUUUUGAUGAGAAAUGUUUUAGAAAGUAUGGAAGAAUGUGGGGGUUUUAUGAUGGGCAACAGCCUGUGUUGGCUAUCACGGAUCCAGACAUGAUCAAAACAGUACUAGUGAAAGAAUGUUAUUCUGUCUUCACAAACCGGCGGUCUUUUGGUCCUCUGGGAUUUAUGAAAAAUGCCAUUUCUAUGUCUGAGGAUGAACAAUGGAAGAGAAUACGAACAUUGCUCUCUCCAACUUUCACCAGCGGAAAACUCAAGGAGAUGUUCCCCAUCAUUGGCCAGUAUGGAGAUGUGUUGGUGAGGAACCUGAGGAAGGAGGCAGAGAAAGGCAAACCUAUCAACUUGAAAGACAUCUUUGGGGCCUACAGCAUGGACGUGAUUACCAGCACAUCAUUUGGGGUGAACAUUGAUUCCCUCAACAACCCACAAGAUCCCUUUGUGGAAAAUGCCAAGAAGAUCUUAAAAUUUGAUAUCCCUGAUCCAUUUUUACUCUCCAUAGUACUCUUUCCAUUCCUUACCCCAGUUUAUGAAAUAUUAAAUAUCUGGCUAUUUCCCAAAAAAGUUACUGAUUUUUUCACAAAAUCUAUAAAAAGAAUGAAGGAAAGUCGCCUAAAAGAUAAGCAAAAGCACCGAGUGGAUUUACUCCAACUGAUGAUUAACUCCCAGAAUUCUAAAGAAGUGAAUAACCACAAAGCUCUUUCUGAUCUGGAGCUUGUGGCCCAGUCUAUUGUCUUUAUUUUUGCUGGCUAUGAGACCACUAGUACUUCUCUUUCUCUCCUUAUGUAUGAAUUGGCCACUCAUCCUGAUGUUCAACAGAAACUGCAGGAGGAGAUUGAUGCGACUUUCCCCAAUAAGACACUGCCCACUUAUGAUGCCCUUGUACAGAUGGAGUAUCUGGACAUGGUAUUGAGUGAAAGUCUCAGAUUAUACCCAAUCGCUGGGAGACUUGAGAGGGCCUGUAAGAAAGAUGUGGAAAUCAGUGGUGUCUUCAUUCCCAAAGGGAUGUUGGUGAUAGUGCCAACCUUUUCUCUUCACCGAGACCAGGACCUCUGGCCAGAGCCUGAGGAGUUCCGUCCUAAAAGGUUCAGCAAGAAGAACAAGGACAGCAUAAAUCCUUACACAUACCUGCCUUUUGGAACUGGACCCAGAAACUGCCUUGGGAUGAGGUUUGCGAUCAUGAACAUGAAACUUGCCCUUGUCAGAGUCCUGCAGAACUUCUCCUUCAAACCUUGUAAAGAAACACAGAUCCCCCUGAAAUUGAGUUCUUAUGGGUUAAUUCGACCAGAAAAACCCAUUGUUCUCAAGAUUGAGCCAAGAGAUGGCAGUGUGAGUGGAGCCUGACUUUCCCUAUGGACUUCCCCUUUGUUCUUCAAGAAGCUGUAUCCCAGAUCACCAGAGACCUCAAUUUCCUUUACAGUUCUUAGAAACAGUGACAUUGUCAGAGCAAUGAGCAUAACUUGUGACCAGAUCUUGGCUUAUAAGUGUCAUUUUCCUCUCAAAGGAACUAGUGCUUUUUAGAGAAAUGGCUGAUUCCAGGCUGGAAGAGCACACAAUGAGCCUGGAGCAUCUUGUGCUCCACAGUGAUGGGGACACAUCCACGAGACUCAGAGCCAGCCUGCGGGGCUUCACUGACACAUCAAGCAUAAUUUCAUAACUGACAAUAUGAAGGAAUAUGACUCAUUGAGUAAAAUAGAAAUACACAAGUAUACACAGGUGUAGAUAAAUACAGGGAUAUAUUCCAAUCAAUGAGGAUACUCACACCGUUUCAUAGCACUACCACUCGAACGCCCAUGAGUUACUGAGGAAAGAGCAGCACAGAGCAGAGACUUGGCAAAGGAGUGGAGUGAAUUGGGAACAGGAAAAAGUGAUGGCCCAUUGCCCAAUGAGACAGGGUAAGAAGACCUCAACAUCACCUACCUCUGGCAUAUUCUUGCCAGGGAGGCAAACCUGCAAGAAAUCCUCAAAAAAGUCAGGCAAAACCAAAUAAAGGAAUAUCUACUCUUAAUCUGUAACUGGCGUGUUAUCUUCAAUAAAGUCAAGAUCUUGAAAGUGAUAAGAAAAGAAAAAACGAGCCCAGAUUGGAGGCACUUGCCCACCCCCUCAGCUCCACCUCACAGCAAACCAAGACUAAUGAGUUUCAACCUAUCCCAGGAACGUGAACUUCUAACAGUCCAUCUGAAAUUUCCUGAUGGUCACUAGUGAGUCAUCUUCAGGAUAGAAACCCUGCAAGUCCAUCCCCCAGAAGGAAGGUGUAUUGACCAGAAACAAUCCUUUCUUUUCCCUCUGUGCACUUCUUGCCCCACCGUCCUUCCUAUAAAACCCUGCAUUAUUGUACACCUCCUGGAAGCUUCUGUCUACUUGCUAGUUGGGAUGACCCUAGUACAACUGAAGGUCUCAGACAACCAAAGGUCUCCGGCUGGUGCGUUUCCAGCUUCCUGCGCAACUGACUGGCCCUGCUGAUGGUGCUGAUUCAUGAAUCGCUUAAUAAACUCCGUUAGAUCUUCAACUUGACUUUCUAGAAUUCUAUUUUUUAAUAAAAGCCAGAGACAAACUAAGCAAGUGUUCCAGACUGAAGUAAAGUUACUAGAGAGGGGUGACAUGUAAAGUGAGUGUCCGAGCAGAGUCCUUCUGCUAUAAAGGACAUUCUGGGGAUGAUAGAGAAACCAGCUCUGAUGAUUACAUGGCAAAUAAUGUGUCAGUGGAGAUGGAGAAUGUCUUUGUAGGAAUUACAGGGGAUUAUGAAAUAUCAGGUUAGCAAUUUACUCUGAGAUGGAUCAGGAACAUAGUUCUUGAAAGAGACUCUUCUGGAAGCUUGUGAUUAUUUCUGGGAGAAGUGGGUUACAAAAACACCUUGGGCCUACACAGCUCUCCCCAUCCCUUGUCUUAGUCUAACUUGCAUAAUUUAAUACAAUGACGCAGCACCACACAGUGACUGAGAAAUGGGGAGCUUGGAAGCUGGAGAUCCUAGAGUUUGAAUGCCAGCUCGGUCCAGAGCUGAGUCUAGACCAGUCAGUGGCUUUGGAUAAAUGAGGAAAAGGUGCUCCCUUUGCAUAACUGGACCCACAGGACUUGGGCUACCCUCCACUACAGACAUGCGACCUUGAACAAGUUACCCAAUACCUCACUCCUCAGGACUUGGUGCCUCAGACAGUUAAAAUAUAGGGAUAAUGCCAGUGCCUAUCUGACCUGAUGACAGAACCAGCUAAUGUGUGUGAGGCGUUUAGGACACAAAACACGGAACAUGCAGCGAGCUCAUAGUCAAUGUCAGCUAUUACUUUCAUAGCAUUGUUAUGCUCAGUCCUCAGGAGGCCAAGUUGGUUUGGACAUUUUGAGCUCCAGCCUAGGCAAGUCCAGCUUCAAUCUGCCAUUGGAGAAAGUAAUUGCAGACAUCUUUCAUGGAGGUUUAACUAUGAAGGUAUUGAUGUCUCGGCUGAUUUCUUCAGGAAUUUCCAAAGAACAAUAUAAACAUCCCCCUUCUAGAAGUGCCUUUGUCGAGAGAGAAUAAUGUGAGGCUCACUGGGUUGGAGGGGUACCUCCAUGCCCCACCACACGGACCCAACAGGAAGAGAUGGACUUGACCUCACAGGGACUUGGACCUUGCUCUACCUUACAGUCCCAGCUGGAGGAAGAAGGGCUCUCCUGGUCACCACAACCCACCACCCCUUCUGCGUCACAAGAGCUCAGGCAAUGAGAAGACUCCACACCUCUAAAUCCUGGAUUACUCAGGGGACUCCCGUUUCUAACAGCCUUCCCAGCUUCCCCUUUUAUCCGGAUAGAAGCAAAACUGUAGAGGCCACUUUUAGGCAAACAGGUUUGCGGGAUGGAAUGUUGAAAGGGCCCACCCUGUCCCCCCGCCUGAAUACACAGGCCCAUCGGGGACCCACCUCAAUACAGCCACAUGCCCUAACUUACCGAUUGCCCACUUACCAAAAAAGGAAAAAUGCCACAUGUGGCCUUACUUCCUCACGUUCCCCCUUUAAAAACAACCUCCAGGCAAUGCCUCCUUGCAGACGGUCUCUGCUUUGCUAUCCCGCCCUCUGCUCUCUUGCAGUGUAUCCAAUAAAGUUCUCGUUUGACUCCUUC